AUGUUCAAUUGUCCAUCAUCAAAGUGCCGAUGGAAGGGUGCUUGCAUUGAUCAAUAUUUUCCCCACGUCCAACGGAUGCACGACCCUUUGAAUGGAUACAUGUGCCUACACAACUGUGGCCGUUUACUGACAUCAAUCACUAGUCUACGAAAACACGUGUUAUUAUGCAGAGACCAAAAUAAAAUUGAGGCCGAAAAUCAAAGCAGCUCUAGAGAAAAUGUUCAAAGCGAAAUUGAAAUCGGAAAUCAAAGCAGUUCCAGAGAAAAUGAUCAAAAUGAAAUCGAAGUCAGAAAUCAGCUCCAAGACUCUAUUGAUACUGGAAAACUUGUGACUGUUGAUGCAAAUAGAUUGAGUUUGAGCAUGACCUUGAAAUGGCUUAGUGAAAAUGGAAUGGCAAGAAAAGUGGCAUUUGACAUCAAUAGAGAUAUUAAACGGAAUGUAAUCGAGCCACUGAGUUCAGUAAUUAACGAUCUACAAAUGGCUGGAGCUAUGACAAAUGAAGGUAAACAGUUGCUGGACACGAUGCUUGGAAGCUAUAAUUGCACAUCAGAGUAUAAAUUCAUACAGCAGCUGAAAACAGAUGGAUUUUACGAGGACCCGACGUUUUUUACUAUCAAUGAAGAGCUACUUCUAUCGUCUGCGUGUCUUGAACGGGUAUUACAUUUGUUUAUUUCUUUAAGUACGAAAGUAUCGAUAAUAAGUUUCAUUUUUUUAGGGUCAUGAACAUAUACAGGGAGUGCUGAUGCCAGUUAAGUUCAUGCUACGAACAUAUUUGCAGACUGAUGGAGUAUUCAACACGAUUAUGAACAGUUUGAAGCUUUCGAAAGAUGGAGUGAUCCGCACAUUGAUCGACGGUUCUA